AUGAGACUUGCCGUUCUGUUGGCUAUUUUCGGCCUUCUGGCAUCCGGCGUCCAGUCCAAAUCUGCCGAUGAAUGGAUCACCACCAUCUGGGAUCAUUUCAAGGAAGCCGUGGACUGUUCAAGCUGCCAGAUUCUCCUGAGCGGUCUCAAGCUGGUCGCUGACUUGGGGGAGCCAGCGCUGGUGGAUGUCCUGACUGGCGUAUGCAAUCUCAGCGGCGCCGAGGAUCACGACGUGUGCUCUGGAGUCAUCGAGAAAGAAGCCCCCGCCGUGCACUACAUGCUCAAGAACCUGAAGCUGGGCUCACGCACAGCCGAGACCCUCUGCGCCAGCAUCGCCGGGCUCUGCGACUACCCAGCCGUCCAGCCAUUCAACCUGACAUUUCCAUCCCCCAAGCCGGCCACGACCCGGCCGCCGCCAAGCGGGAAAUCACCGAUCAAAGUCGUCCAUUUCAGCGACACACACGUCGACCUCUCCUACGAGACGGGGGCCAAUUCCCAGUGCACAAAGCCCAUCUGCUGCCGCGCGUACACCGAGAAAGAUGCACCGGGCAAUACCUCGUCGCCGUGCGGGCCCUGGGGUCACCCCAAGUGCGACCCGCCGCUGCGGCUGCACGAGAGCAUGCUGGCGGCUAUUGCUGACCUGCACCCGGCCUUCUCGAUCUACACGGGGGACGUGGUAUCGCACGACGUGUGGCUGGUCACGGAAUCCGAGGUGCUACAAGACUUCAACGCUACAUACGGAGCCAUGGAGAAGAAUCUGGGAGUCGUCUACGCGGCAGUGGGCAACCACGACGCCGCACCACUCAACCUCUUCCCCUCGAACAAGCUCCCCAGCACAUUCAAUCCACAGUGGGCAUACGACGCCAUCGCCGCGGAUUGGAAAACACUAACAGGCCUCCCAUCCGUAUACACAGCCCGCCAGCACGGCUCCUACUCGGCCAUGCACCCCAACAGCAAGCUCCGCAUAAUCUCCUACAACAGCGUCUUCUACUACAAAUACAAUUUCCACAUGUACACCGAGCCCAUGGACCCCGACCCAGACAACCAGCUAGCCUGGCUCAUCGACGAACUGCAAGCCGCCGAGUCUGCCGACCAGCGUGUCUGGCUAAUCUCACAUAUCCCGUCAGGCAACUCAGACACGUUCCGCGAUCACUCGCACGCGCUCGACCAGGUCGUUCGGCGGUACGAAGCAACGAUCGCGGCGCUGUUCUUCGGACAUACGCACACGGAUCUGUUCCAAGUAGCCUACACCGACUACGCGCACCGGCGCUGGGACACCUCGGCUGCGGUGGGGUAUAUCGUGCCGUCGAUGACGCCGACGUCGGGCCCGGCUUCGUUCCGGGUGUAUGAGAUCGAUCCGGUGACGUUUGGCGUGCUGGACUAUACGCAGUACAUUGCCAAUAUCAGUUCUUUUUCUUCCUCUGGUCAUGAUGAUGCUGCUGCUGCUGCUGCUGCUGUGCCGCAGUGGAUGCCAUACUACGCCGCCAAAGCAGACUACGGGUCCAAACUCUCCCCGCCGAUCCAUGACCCAGCCGUCGAACUGACCCCUGCAUUCUGGCACAAUGUCACAGUAGCCAUGGAGCGUGACCCGGACGUGUUUCAACAGUUCUGGAGUAGACGCACCCGCGGGUACAAUGUAACCACCUGUGCGGGCGACUGUGUUCCCAGGGAGAUCUGUGCGCUGCGCGGUGCAGACGCGCAGUAUAAUUGUGCGGCGCCGACGGGUGGAUUCAGCUUCUCGAAGCGGGACCAGCAGAAGAAUGGAGAGGCGGGGUUAGUUCCGGGGGUUUCUUCAGAGUGCGAUCAUGCUGGGAUGGCGCCGUUGCUGGGGAAGAUGGUGUAUCGGGCUCGUCUGGGGGUCAUGCAUGAAUGA